AUGAAGUAUUCGCUCCUCCUCUCAGCCAUCUACGGAUUGUUGUUGAGUCCCAUGGCCAUGUCUGCACCGACAGCCAAGCCAGCAGUGACCCUUCGCGUCAGGUCUGAGGACUUCCAUGCUCUUCGGGAGAGAGCAGGCAAUGAAGCCACCGCGUUGUAUGGUUAUAUUGUCGCCGACACCGAGAUCGACGACAAAGAGAAGCGCGAUGACGAGGCCACUGCACUAUAUGCAUACAUUGCUGCCGACUCGGAGCUGGACAGGAAACGUGAUGACGAAGCCACUGCGCUAUAUGCGUAUAUUGCGGCCGACUCGGAACUUGACAGAAAGCGUGAUGACGAGGCUACUGCAUUGUAUGCAUACAUUGCAGCUGACAGCGAGUGA